AUGUCGUCAGAGGAGUGCUCGUUUUUCGAAUAUGGGCUCAAGUCUCGAUGCGCGUCACCUGAUUUAUUCGCGGAAUCGUACGAUCCGCGCGAUUACAAGUUACGAGUAGUCGAAGUCGAAAAACCCUCCGUCAAUUAUUCACUCGGGUUUCAUGCAGGACAGAGAUUUCCGUGGAAAUCACCAGACUCGAGCUCGCCGUUACCUAUGCUACACCUGAUAUCCGGACAAUUCCCCGACAGCGGAGAAAUAUUAAGUGAGUCUUAA